AUGGAGUCAUUCAGUGGCAAUCUAAAACACAAUUUUCUGUCAACAGAUGAAGAAAAUAUCACAUAUGAUUACUCGAAUUAUUAUGAGGGAUCUCUUCCCUCUCCUUGCGAAGACUCCAGAGUGAGCACUUUUGGCCGGGUGUUUCUGCCCACUCUCUACAGUGUGGUUUUCAUCCUUGGCUUCAUAGGUAAUGGCCUAGUGGUGUGUGUCCUGGUGAAGCACCGCAACCAGACCAACUUGACAGACAUCUGCCUUUUAAACCUGGCUCUCUCUGACAUCCUCUUCGUCAUCACGCUACCUUUCUACUCUCACUUCUCUGUGGUCAGCGAAUGGACAUUUGGAGACUUUAUGUGCCGUUUCACUGGUGUCUCCCAUAGAAUCGGGUUCUACAGCAGCAUCUUCUUCAUGGUUGUCAUGACGCUGGACCGCUACAUGGUCAUCAUGUAUGCUCUUAAGGUGGCACGAUAUCGCACUCUAAGAGUGGGCUUAGCUGUGACCAUAUUGGUGUGGAUGCUGAGCUUGAGUGUUUCCCUACCUAAUUUAAUCUUCACAAAGGUGGCAAAUGAGUCUCAUGGACUGAUUUGCGCCUACCUCCCAGAAAAGAAUGCAUGGGAGUAUUAUAACAUCUCCAUGACAAGCCUACUGGGUCUAUUGAUUCCUUUGUUGGUGAUGGUAACUUGCUACGCUAGGAUCAUCCCCACCCUGGUAAACAUGAGGAGUGCAAAGAAACACCGUGCUGUUAAGCUGAUCAUCUCCAUAGUGGCUGCCUUUUUCAUAUUCUGGGCUCCAUAUAACAUUAGCCUUUUCUUGGACUUUCUGAAAAAACAAGGUACAUUGCAAGAUAAUUGCAAGCUGGAUGGCAAUAUUAGGCUGGCAAUAACAGUGACUGAGGCCUUUGCUUACAGUCACUGCUGCCUGAACCCCAUCAUAUACGCCUUUGUGAGCCAAAGGUUUAUAAAACGAGCCGCGCAGCUGCUGAGUUGGGUGCCUGGGAUUCCAUUUCUCUCUUCCAGAGACUUGUCAAACAGCUCAUACAGAAAAAGCUCAAUUAUGUCCAGGUCCUCGGAAGUCACCCCCACUUUUAUUAGGUAGGAGGUGAGGACAGAUGUGUUGUGUGGACAUGACCUGCAGUUUGACAUGUUUUUAUCCAGGUAGCCUUCUGCCAGCCAUGUUACCCAUCUGUAUAGUGUGCUUAGUUUUACUCGUCGCUUCCAGUUUACACCUAUAACUGUGUUAUCCAUCAGCAAUGUGCUAUUUUAAAGGGCUUCCCGUAAUGUACAUAUUAUCUUCAGACCAGCAUGAUUUCAUGUAUUUUGUAUUUGCACUGGAAUGUUUUGUUUUGAACAUAUUUUAUGUAUGAUCUGAUUAGCAUCAUCAUUUCCAAUAUGAUAUCUGGGGUUUUAUCUAGCUAUGAAAUGCUUCUCCUUUUUCUGCUGACAUUGGAGGAAACUUAAUGGCACUUCUAACUGCAUCUCCUGACCGAAAAUGAAAAUAUUAAGUUUAUGUUUGUAACCACCACAGACUUUUAGUCUGUGUUGAUACAGACUAACAAAUUUGGCCUUUUCCAUACAUUUGUUGAUGCGCCUGCAAGUUGGUGGAAAAAACAUUCAUGCUAUAUAGGAGAAGCCACCAUGUGUUUGUUAAAGAGUAAAACAAUAUUUUUCACACAUGGAAUUGUUUUUCUCACUUUGCCUUUGUGGAAAAUGUGACUCAUUCAAAAGUUUGAUGGUGAAUGAAAGCAACACGUGGUGUGCAGCACCCUUUGCAAACACCAUCAUCUAUCGUGGAUUUCAAUCUGUUGAUGUGGAGCCAAAUUGAUCUCAUCACACAUUCCUGGAACUUUCCAUAUAUUUUCUCAGUGUUGCACUUUUACAUAUGUACAGUAUACUGCAUAUUUUCAUUUUUUCUGUGUACAUUUAUUCAUUCAUUUAUUUUUUUUUAUGUUAGUGUAUCACGUUAUGAUUUGGUGUUGUAAUGAUUUUGUUUGCCAGUGGAGAUUAUUAAAGUUUUCUAUUUUUUUCUUCUUUAAGAGUACCAAUGAUAAUGUGAUACUGGCAGUUCAACUCAUUUUGUGCUUGUUCAAAAUAAAGGUUUGACCUAGUUACUA